CGCGUGCGCUUAGAGUCCUUCAGUUGGUGACUGGCUGUUGGGUCUAGUGGACGAAAGACACAAGAAACUACCCUUGAGGAAUUCACAGUUCAGUGCGCAUUAACAAAUUUUGCAAUUACAAGCCGAGGUAAUCUGGAAGGAGAGAUCCGCAAGGACGUUCUGCGAUUGUCUGCUUCGACAAAGUCAAAAGGACAAGUUGAAGGGAAGACGAGAAAAAUCGCAGUGUAAGUUCGACGUUGGCUCGAAGAGGCACGGUUGAGGUUCGGGCUGUUGACGGGACAGAGUGAAGAUCUCCGAGGGAACAGAAAGAAGCAAUGAACAUGAAGGUGGACAGCCUUCUCGUGGUCUGUGGCAUGGUCUGGCUGGUUCUACUAGUGGCCAUCCUAACCGAUGUCAGUGCUAAACCCCUUAACGAGCCAGCAGAACUCCAGUCUAGGAGACCCCGCCACAGGUUGAGUCUCCAAUUCUCCCGGACUGUUCCUGAUUUUGUAGCGGGCGCCCUGGACCAGCUGCAUCAUCGCGAAAAGCGAUUCCCCAGAGUGCCGAUGGGAAGUCCGUGUAAUGCAGACAGUCAGUGUCCGGGAAACUACUGUUGCGCCAUGAAGCUAGGCAAGGCCGUCUGUAUGCCGAGGCUGGUACGAGGCAGGACGUGUAUGAUCAACGGACCACAAGCCUACUCACCCCACCUUUUCUUCACGCAGUGCCCGUGCAACAGCGUAGAGGGAUUAUCGUGCCAACGCGUAGGGCACGGCAACCGCGGUAUCUGCAGCUAAAAAGCCGUGUACCAGACUCGAGUAUAUAGCCCCAGCAUGUACAGAAACAACAUCAACCACAUCCACAAAGACAACGCCACCAAGUAACAAGUCGACAUGACUGUAGCUGUGAAUGCCAGUCCAAACGAGCAGCCCACGACCCUGUGACUCUCGGUCGUGGUUCCACCAAAACUUCUUUUUGUAAGUCACGCAAGAUACUGUAGAAUUCGGCCUGUACAUUUUGGUAUAGCUCUGCACUGCACGUACCCUCCUCCAAGGCAAUCAAGGCACCGCAAAUGCACAGCACGAAUUUAGAGACAAACAACCAAAUAAAGAACAAAGAUUAAAGGCAACGACUGAAUUUCCUUUGAAAACAACGCUGUGUACUUUUUACUGUACUGCAGUACUCCAUGUGUGUUUCUGCACCACCCCUUGACAUGACAACUUCGCUGGUGAGAGAAUGGAAUUGUACCUUAAUCGGUCCGGAAACUUUACCGAAACAAAAUAGAUGUAUUAACUUUAGAAAGGACGAAUGGACUUGCCACAAUGGCCAACGCAGACGAUGAGUAGGUACUAACAACCGUGAGCCAGGUGAGGAUGAAAUGCAGCCUUGACCUUCGCUUCCUCUUUAUCGUUCCGAUCACUGUGGACGAUUUGGUUGCAUUAAAUGCUUUCUAUACCUGUCCAUCAAAUAACCCUGGCGACCGACGAUUGUGGAGAAGUGAUACGCCUCUUCAUGCAACAUCCAUCCACUUCACUGACAACUUGAGAGAGUAGGAAUGGACUGCGACAGUGAGCAGAUUGUGACUGACCGUUUAUCAACAGCUUUGUGUAUUUCUUUGUCAGUGAUGCUGUUUGUUUCUAUGCGGGUAUUCUUCUCAUCGCGGGAGGAAAAAUUUCCGUGUAUUCUUUUGUCACUUUGAGCUUUCACAAAAACACAGAACUUAUGUAUUCUUAUUAUCAAGAAAGGAAAAGUCUAUUUGGAAGUUUGCCGCCCUCUUCCGUAGUAAAGUAGUUUUGUGAAAGAGGCCUUGUAGCUCAUUGAUAUCCAAGGCCACUUGGUGAUUCGGCUACGGUGCUGUGUGUAUUAGUCCCCCUCCACCGACAAAAAUAGGACCUUUCUUGACGUCUUUGUGCGCGCUAUUCACAUGUAAGGCCUGUUAAACAAAUUCACUGCAUUAGAGAUAAAGAGAUAAUUUUUCUUUAAAUACAAGGCUCUCGAUUGAAAGAGAGAUUUUGCAAAUUCAAUGUCCCUGGUUCCCUGUAUGAUAUUCUUGCUCGCAGUGGUCUCUCACCUAACUUCAUUCCCAAAUUGUGCGGGUGUUUGAAAUUGCAGUUAUUUUCGAACUCGCCUCUGUAGAAACUUCGUUCCGCCGUAGCAUCUGUAGAAAUAAGGAUCGCUCCAAAAGGAAUUUAUGCCCAAUCUAAUAAUUUUCACCCUGUUUUUUCUCAGCACUUUGCCAACACAGUGUUAGUAUAUAUUGAUAUUUAAAAACUAUUUAUUUAUAAAAACUAUAAAAUGUAUAACUUGCCUUUCUUGGUUUUGAAUCAGUGGCUCUCUGAAGAAGACGAGUUAGCCAAAAGUAACGCCUUGCUAUUCAAACAGAUUGACGGGAAAUUUGUACGUAAUUAUAAAGAAAAAAUACUUCGUGUAUAUAAUGACUACUGUACAUAAAAUGUACUGAGACGAAAUGUACCGUAUGCCGACAAUGUCGCGUAUAACUGCUUUGCUCGUGUGAUUAGAAUAAGCAGCUUCAAAGUGCAUUUGACGUCCCCCGCCAUUACCGCAUGCCAGUAAGCUGAUAGACGGUAGAGAUAAAUUAUGCAGAAAAAAAUAUAUUUUGUGAGAAACUGAUGAAGUUUAAUUAUUCGAACUUCCUGCACUAUCGAGAAACAAAUUGUUUGAUGUGGCGUUUGGGAGCUUGAAAUUGAGUGAUUUUUUUUAUUGUGAUAUUGUCGCUGUUUGGUUUAAAACGAUUAUCCUAGCACAAUAUAUAUGGCGAUAUCGCCCUUCUGCGAAAUCGCCCCAAAACACAAAACCAGCAACAAAACGAGAUUUUGUACACGUCAUGUUUUUGCUUGACGCAUCCAGCCCCGAUCAACACUUUGAAUUCGAGAUCCACUUGCCUUCAUAAUUUACGAGAUAUGGCCAUCAUGAGGCAAUGUCCCGCGAAGGUUCAGCCUUGUUGGGCCUGAGUAAAUACCGAUUUCUCGCACAGCAUGGAGCGGGUUGAUUGAAGGAACGCGUGGCCGGGAGCAAGGACACAAACAUUGUCCAUCAAGCGCCUCUCUCGCCGCAAUUACUAAUAGAAUAUACCAGGCUUUCGUGUCAUUAAACAAUCGCAAACAUCAAAAAAUAAAAAAAACAUUAAAGCGGAUGUCUAGGUUUCUCCACUUCCACCAAAACAUUACACCAAUAUUUAGGCCAAAUAGAAUGAGUGUGUGGUUGCAAAUGAUAUCGUUUACUACUUCGAAUUGCUAAGAUCUCGACCAAGGUUGGUCUCAAACACGAAAUGAUAAAUUUGCUCAGCAAGUAUGAGAAAAACGGGUGGUUUUAUGCUACAGUUAGCUACAUAGAAUGUCAUGAUUACUGGUCUAUUCUUUACCUUUUGCGCUUCUUCCAGUGAUACUUUGGUCCAAGAGGAGACAAGGAUUGAACGGAAUUGCAUUAAUUAACCCCCCAGCCAUCGAUAUCGCCUGCUUUAAAUAUUGCUCAACAUUCUCUGCUCGUCAGUAGUCGGCUGUGUGGCAUACAAGAUGUGUAUAAUUGUUGAUUUUUUGAGUGUAUGUUCAUCGCUAUUUUAUGUUGUGUAAAUUAUUCUCUGUGAUUAAAUUAUUGAUUCUUUAAAUUAUUCACAAGACAAAGCUUAGAUGUAUUCAAAUUAUGUCGAUGGAAAAUAAAGAGAAAGAAAGAUCAAAAUGAA